AUGGAAUCGGGAUCGAUAGAGAUCCCGCUCAGGGAUACAGAUGAGGUCAUCGAGCUCGACUUGAACCAGCUCCCCGACGGCCAAGAAACGCUGACGAUCUUGAAACAGGAGAAAGCACAGCUGCACAUCUGGGUGAACUUGGCCUUAGCUUACUACAGGAAAGGAAAAGAAGCUGACAUGGUGGCCUUGCUGGAUUGCGCGCGGCAAGGUUUCAAUACUUGGGCAUCUCUGGACUAUCCCGAGCACGAACAAGACCAGAUGAGGUGUUUGGAUACUCUCGCCGCGUGGUACGUGCGGGAGGCGAAGCGGGAGAAGAACAAGGACCUCAAAACCGAAAUAUUCACCAAGGCUCGUCUCUUGUAUACCGCUGCGGACAAAAUCAACAUGUUUAACCAAAACCAUGUGCUCGGUAGAGCGUACUUCUGUCUGCUCGAAGGCGACAAAAUGGAUCAAGCCGAUGCGCAGUUCGACUUCGUGCUCAAUCAGAGUAAUAACAACAUUCCAUCGCUGCUUGGGAAAGCCUGCAUCGCCUAUAACAAGAAAGACUAUCGAGGCUCGCUGGCAUUCUACCAGAAAGCUCUCCGCACGAAUCCAAAUUGUCCGGCGGACGUCCGCCUGGGCAUGGGAUUGUGCUUCUUCGAACUUGGGAAUCUCGAGAAAGCUCGUCUGGCUUUCGGACGGGCGAUAGAGUUGAAUCCCAAAUGCGUCGGCGCGGUGGUGGGUUUGGCGAUCCUGGAGUUGAAUACCGAGUCAGCUGAAGGCAUUCAGAGCGGAGUGACGAUCUUAUCGAAGGCAUAUGAGAUCGAUUCAGCGAAUCCGAUGGUUCUCAAUCUUCUGGCGGAUCAUUUCUUCUUCAAGCGUGAUUUUCAGAAAACUCAAACGCUAGCUUUGCGCGCCUUCCACAACACGGAGAACGAGGCGAUCCGAGCGGAGAGCUGUUACCAGCUCGCUCGUUGUUUCCACGUCCAGGAAGAUUACGACCAAGCUUUCCAGUAUUAUUACCAGGCGACAAAUUUUGCCUCUGCGAAUUUCGUGUUGCCUCACUUCGGCCUCGGGCAGAUGUACAUUGCCCGGGAGGACAACGAGAAUGCAAUGUCGUGCUUCGAGACAGUUUUAAAAGCUAAUCCUAAUGACUACGAGACCAUGAAGAUCUUGGGCUCACUCUACGCUCAAUCGGGCAACCAGAACAAACGGGAGCAGGCCCGCAACUUCCUCAAGAAAGUGACCGAGCAGUUCCCAGACGAUGUUGAAGCCUGGAUCGAAAUGGCUCAGAUCUUGGAACAGAGCGACACUGCGGGAGCAUUGCAGGCCUACGAGACUGUCAAGAGCAUUUUACAAGAAGAUCAAGCGGAGAUACCUCCGGAAAUUUUAAACAACAUGGCGUCACUCGAGUAUCGGCUCGGCAAACUCGACGAGGCCAAAGGUCUCUACGAGACAGCCCUUGAGAGAUGUCAGAUCGAAUCGGAGCACGAUGAAAACUACUAUAAGUCCAUGUCCGUGAUGAUAAACUACAAUCUCGCCAGAGUUUUCGAAGGCUUGAAUCAGCUCGACAAGGCCACCCAACUGUACAAAGACAUCCUCAAAGAGUACCCCAAUUAUAUCGAUUGCUACUUGAGGUUGGGUUGUAUGGCUCGUGAUUUGGGUCAAAUCCACGACGCCUCUGUGUGGUUCAAAGACGCCCUCCAGGUUGACGUUCAGAACCCAGACUGCUGGUCUCUCAUCGGAAACCUACAUUUGCAUAACCGGGAAGUGGGUGCGGGACAGAAAAAGUUCGAGAAGAUUCUCAACAAUGAAACCACGAAAUCCGACACGUACGCCCUUGUUGCUCUUGGGAACGUUUGGCUGUCGACGUUGCACGAUACGAGAAUGGACAAAGAGAAGGAGAAGCGUUAUCAGGAUCGAGCUCUGUCAAUGUACAAACAAGCCCUGCGGAUAGAUCCCAGAAAUAUUUGGGCUGCGAACGGAAUCGGCGCUGUGCUCGCCCACAAAGGCUACAUCCACGAAGCUCUGGAAGUUUUCGCGCAGGUCCGAGAGGCGACAGCCGACUUCCCUGACGUGUGGCUGAACAUCGCUCAUAUCUACGUCGAGCUGAAACAAUAUGUAUGGGCGAUCCAAAUGUACGAGAAUUGCCUCCACAAAUUCUACAAGUACGAUAAUGUUGAAAUUCUCCUGUACUUGGCGAGAGUCCUCUACCGCUCGGGGAAACUCCAGGAGUGCAAGAAGAUUCUUCUGAGGGCCAGGCGAGCGGUCCCCAACGAUUCUCAAAUCCUGUACAACAUCGCCUUGGUCCUCCAACGCCUCGGAAUGCAAGUGCUCAAGGAUGAAAAGUCGAACCUGAGAACAGUGCUGCAAGCUGUUUCCGAGCUUGACAUCGCUCACAAAUUCUUCACCACGCUCAGCCAAACCACAGGCGGAAAGUACAACCCCGAACAGGCCAUGGCCGAAGCACGACAGUGCUCCGAUCUUCUCAAUCAAGCGCAAUAUCACGUUGCUCGGGCGAGGAAACUCGAUGAGGAGGAGAAAGAGUUCAAAAUCAAACAACAACGAGAGCGUGAAGAGCUCCGGGCCAAACUUCAGGAGAAUGAGGAAGAGGAAGAAAAGAGGAGACAGAGAGAACGUGAGGAGCUUGUUGCCAAACGUCAGCAGUUUGUUGAACAGAGCCUACACAAGACUAAGGCGACAAAGGAAAGGAAGGAACAAUUUGACGGAACAAAACAGAGUUGUAAGCGGAAGCGAAGCCUCAAAGCGCCGGAAGGCAAAGCCAAGAAGUCUUGUCGUAUCGACUCCCAUGAGUACGAUUAGAGAUGCCCCUCUCGGAGCCUUGGCCAGGUUCACUUCAAAACGAAAAGAACGUUCCCCACGUUUUUUGUUUCCGUCAGCCGCGGGCAUUGGUACCCCGCAACUGAUCGUACACCGUGGCCAUCCCUGUCUGAACGUAUCAAGUCAUUCCCAUGAAAUAUAUGUAUGUACAUCGGACAUAGAUCUGAAGAUUCCCUCUCCGCCUAUCUGUACUCAUGGAUCAAGAUCUGGAUCUGAAGAGCGAACUCACAUGUCGAGAGCUACGAUAGGAGUCAAAUGGCUAUUUCCAAAGCCUGGUUCGACACCGCCAAUGAAGAGAUCUUUGAUAACGAUAUUCACCGGCGUCGAUAUGAUCGCAGUAUCCUAAUUAAAAAUAAAGUAUUUUUUUUCUACAUUAAA